AUUAUAUCGAAUCUGAACAAAAUGCCAAAACUACGGAUAUCGCAAACUGUUUUAAAUGCUCGUCCAUCCAACAUGACAUUAAAUUUGGAGUGUACAGAGGAACCUCUGAGUGAAGCCCAGCUAACAUCAAAUACAAAACUCAAAGAGGAUUGCGAUAAAGUUGCAGUUAUUUUAGAAGAAAUCUUUAAAGAAGGAGGUAAAAUGGUAUGUCAGGCUGGUGUUGUCAGUGGCUAUCAAUAUACACUACCUUCAUCUACGCCGACACAGACUCCACCAGUUGUUCAAAAUAAUCCUCAAAUUUUAAAUGUUACUCAACAAAAUAAAAAUUCGGCUAUUAAAUUAAAUAUCGGUAAUACAAGUGGAUCUUCAACAGGAAACAUCCAGCUAGUGGUUGAUCCUCGCAUGGGAGUCAUUUUAGGAUCUGUUACACAAACCCAAGGUACAACUGCUACAACGACAUCUGUAGUUUCAACCGUGGCACAACCUCAACAAGAGAACUAUAAAUAUACAAGAUCUGGACGUAGGACAAAAGUUCUUCAGUUGCAACAACCCGAUAUUAUAGAAGAGUCUGCGCCCGUUACUCGUGUAAAAUCCAAGCCUGUGCCCGCAACACAUGUUACAACACCUACCACUUCUUCUCAACAACAAACGAUAAAUCUCAGAAUAAAGACUCCUAAUAAACAGACAGUAACUCAAUCAACUAUCAAGCCUACGGAACACACUAGCAUAGGUGGAAUAGCCAUCGGCUACAAAAAUACAGCUAGUGAACAUAUUGAUGAAAUCAAUAAAAAUCAGCCUGAUAGUAGAGAAUUUAUGUUCAACAAAACGAAUGGUGGCCGAACUUAUCCAUCCUUAGUCGUAAUAGCAAGGCCAAAUUUACGAAACAAGGAUAUUCCAUCACAAGUUGCACAAAAAGAAAGACAAGCAUUAGAUGCCAAAGUUAAGAACGUGCUCAUGUUUUCUGCCACGAAAUUCGCCGAAUGGUUGAUACAACAAGGUUUAGUAAAAUCACAACAAUAUUGUUCACAGCACAAUGCAAAUUUUCCGAGUCCCAAACUCAAGUUAGGAAUGUAUAGCGAUCAGGGAACAUUUCCCUACUCCGGUGGAUAUGUUUGGAUAUCCAAUUGUUGUCCUGACAGAUUUGUCUCUGUCUUCUCAGGUUCUAUUUUCCAAGGAGCUCAUUAUACACCUACAGUUUUAUUAAAAUUAAUUUAUCAUUGGGCAUGCCAAACUAACGUGCAAAAUGUAGUUUCCUGGGUGAAAGUGUCUAAUCUAUAUCUGAAAAACUUUUAUACAAAUCUACGUAGCAUUUGUACAGCGGCAAUAUGGGACAAGUGUCGUAAGAUGGGCGGUAAAAAUUCGGUGAUACAGGUCGGUGUGAUCAGUCUAGGUACGACAUCGCAAGACGGACAGAUGCGACAAGUGAAAGUCGAGGUUCUCGGUGUUCUAGAUCCUACUACAAUGGAUUUACGAUUACGUGCCUGGGAACCGUCGCAGGAAGGAUAUAGGACAUCGUGUAAAAGACGAUUUAACAGCAUUUUACAACCAUUGAAAGAAUGGGUCCAUACAGACUCUAAGAUAAUGACCGACUUUACCGUUGACAAAAAUACUUUGCAUGAAAUGGGUUAUAUCCAUGUUACACAGUCUGUGCUCGCAGAGCAGAAUUCCAGAAAUCUCAUGAGCAAUUAUCAUAUCAUGGAGUAUCUUAGAAAAAUUGUACCAAGAAUGUUCCAGAACACAUUGAGUUUGCUUAGUAGACAAAUGAUACAACAGUUUUUAGACGAAUUAAUAUGGAGAGAAAUGUAUGGCGGUACAUCGGAACGUGCAUUUGACAAUAUCAUUCGACAUAUUGCAGAACAAACUAGACUUGAAUACAAUGAAUGUUUAUUGGACCGCUUGUCGAGAAUAGCUGCUAAUCCAUUUCAUGAUUGGUCUUAUUCUGAUUCGUUACCCAAUGCAACAGUAGUAACGAAUCAGAAAGAUUCAACCUCAGAAUCCACAACUGAUGCAACAUUAUCUUCAAAAGUUCCCGAAGUUCCUACAGUGAAACCUGGUUUGCGACGAGGAAGGAAGCGCGUUUAUCCCGCGACAACUUCGGAACCUGAAAUAAAAAGACCAGCAAUUGAGAUUAAAAGUAAUAAAGAAAAAGAAGAUAAAAACGAUAAGGAACCAAAAGAUCAAAUUCAACUUCAAGAAUUAUAUUAUGCUACAAUGGAAGGCAAUAAGAAUAUAAUUUUGAAGGAACCCAAAGCUUCUUUAUAUUUCAAAUGCUUCCUUUGUACGACAGUAAUGAGAUCAAAUACCGAAGUGAUGGAGCAUAUGAUCAGUCACGUACCACCACAACUACCAGGUCAAUCGGAAUUAUCGGUAUGCCGGUACUGUUGCACUCCACUUUCAUCGCAGCAUCAAAUGCUUACCCAUGUAUCGGAAACCCAUAGCAAUUUCGGUCAUUCUGAUAAUCUCAUGGUAGUUUGUGCUAUCUGCGAAGAGAAAUUUGGAAAGAGCAAAUCAUUGAUCGAUCAUUUGACAUUAAUGCAUUAUCCUUCCGAGAUGCCGUAUCAAUGUGAAAGUUGUGGCUAUCGUACAUCCAGUCAUAAGGACGUUAUAGAUCAUUAUUAUGAAACUCACGAGAAGGGCGAGGGAUUACAAUGUCCGUACUGCCUCAAGGUAAUACAAUUUGUGAGCGAGGGCAACCCAAAUGCAUCCAACGUUUAUGCUUACUUAUCACACAUGCAAAGGCACAUUGUAAGAAGAGAUCAAGGAAAAGGCAACAAGUGUUCAAGAUGUUGUCUCUGGUUUAAUCAAAAGAGUACGCUAACAAUGCACCAACGAGAGUUACAUGACUGUGUUGCUCAUACAAAGGCAAUACCAUAUUCUGCUGGAAACAAUGGCAUAAUGAUCUCGAAUCGCAUACCAGAAGUUGUACAAUUUUCUGUAGAUAGUCCACCACCUGAAUUACCAUUGGAUGACAAAAUACAAAAAUGGAGUACAGGUCCAAUUACAGUAAACACUUUCACCAGACAUCUAUCGUGCCAGGAAUGCGAAGAAGACAUUGAAGAAGAUGAACACUAUCCAGGAGAACAACGAUGUCAACAAUGCCGUUAUGUUACUUGUUGUUGGCGUGCAUUCCAAGAACAUCAACAACAAAUUCAUAAUGAAAGACCGAAGAUUAGUUUGAUUGUGCCGUCUCCCUUGGUUAACAUCCCAUUAGAAAAGAAAUUACAAUGCGAAUGUGGUUACAUGUCAAACGAUGGUAAUCGAUUAGCAAAACACUUGAUAAAAUGUAAAAAAAUGUCGGCACGUCCCGUCGAAGAAUCAGCACCAUCUGGAAUGCUUGAUAGUUUAGGAUUAGUUCCAAGAACCGCGUCUGAGGAAGCUGAUACGAAUGGGAAAUCCAAUUUACGCAAUUAAAUGUGACAUAAAAAUGAGAUAUAUAAUUACUAUUAUAAUGUGAAUACAAUAGUAAUUAUAUAUGUGUGAUAUA